UUAGAAUCAAAACAUCCGCAGGCUCGAGAAUGAGGUCGAGAAUGAGCUUGAUAACGACCAGCAUCGCUUUUGUCUGCAUGGUGGGAGUUGUUGGAAAAUCAGCAGCAGCCAUGGAGGAGUCGCCGGGAUCCUCUUUGAAUCUUCAACACUACAACUCGAUGCUGAAUUCCGCCGGACUCGACGAAACGUUCCCGGAUAAGAGGGCGUACACCUACGUGUCGGAGUAUAAGAGGCUACCCGUUUACAACUUCGGAAUUGGCAAACGUUGGGUCGAUAACAGCGAUGACAAGAGAGGGCGCCAGUACUCAUUCGGAUUGGGCAAGCGAACGAAGCAGUACAGUUUCGGGCUGGGCAAACGCAGCGACACCGCGGACUACCCCAUCAGGAUGAACCUGGACUACCUGCCGCUGGCAUACCGCUCCCAGGAGAACCUGGACGACUUCCUCGAAGAGAAACGCGCCAUACAACCGUACAGCUUCGGCCUAGGCAAGAGGGCGGCGCGCGUACUCGUCGAAGGAAACGGUAAAAGACCGAGCGACGCUUUCGGUCAGAGAUACCACUUCGGCCUGGGCAAGAGGAUGUCCGAGGACGAGGACGACUCGUUGGAAUAGGAACUCGUCGAGGAAGCUUCGCGCGGAGGCAGAUCCAGGGACCUGGCCGCGGAGCAGCUCGCGUAAACGACGUAGCUCUAUUUCGAUGUCGCAGAGUUCUGUUGUCAGACGAAAUAUAACGAUAACGCACCAAUAAAGACACGUUUUGAAGUUUCAACGCCUCCUUUCCGAUCUGUUCUCUCCUUGCGACUGUAACGGGAUGCGUAACCGAGGGGACGCCCCAAAGAAAGGUCCUGCAGAGCUGCACUGUCGAUAAUUUUGUGCUAUAUUCAACAUAAAUCACACGCCCCAAACAAUAUUUUACGAUACUACGAAGUUUAACAAACACGUGUAACAAACACACCCAUCUGUAGCUGACAGAGAUUUUCACUGAAAAAUUAAAUAAAUGAAUUUAGAAGAUUGAGUGUUAAGAAAAACAAGUCCGGAUAGGAUUCGUGAACUUUGACCUGGGUUGUAAGAUGAGAUACAAACGUUAGAUUAUAUAAUUUCCGAUUGUACGGGAACAAAAUUUUAGCUUCGCAAUUUAUUUUCACGAGUAUCUCCGGCACUGAAAGUAUUAAAUAAAUGUGUACCAUUUAUUAUUUAGUAAAACAGCAACGUCAAGUACAGCAAAUGGCAAAUGGCAAAUGGUACACGGGGCUACGUUACCUGAUAUGGUCCAUUAACCGUCGCGUUCUAGUAUAUUUGUUCUAUAGAAAUAUAGAACAGGUGUAUUUCGUUCAAUUUCUUUUACCUCCCUGCGGCGAUAGCAUUGGCUCGUCCAUAUCCGAGCUUUGAAGUUUUAAUGUCGAGGUUGAGAGGUCCUGGAUAUCAAAGUAUCUCUUAAGCGACUCGCUUAUAAUUAAACGAAUUAUUUAUUAAGAAAACAUGUUUUCACUUCUGGUCAUCGCCUUGCCUGCAACAGAAAGAACGUGAUGUCGUUGGUCUUUGCGUAGAUCAGGAAUCGAUGUCUUUCAGUGUCUACCCCUCUCCUCCUCCCCUUAAGAGGUCGUCAAUUUGGUUUUGCUUUUUGCAAUAACGAUUGCAGACCUGGGCAGACAUGAUUUUAAACAAUGGUCACAUUCUACUUUAACAACAACAAUUUGACGUUUAUAUACGAGGUGGUGGAACAGAAAUAGAGCAGUAUUAAGAGUUACCGUUAAAGUGGAACGCGAUCGUUGAUAAUUAAAUUCAAUUGAAAUUACUUUUUUAUUCCGAUCUUCCCCAGGUGUGACAACACCUUUCGUGAAUUCGACUGAACGCGUCCGUGCGAGCAUCGAGUAUAGAAAUGUCGUCGAUCGAGUUAUUAUUUAAACGAUUGGAUAUGCGUCAUCUGCGAUUACGAAAUGUCAUUUUACAUUAGGCCCGAUUGUCACCUGUCACAGAAUUUUCUUCGUGUUUCACCGCCAGUGAAUCUUGUACGUCUCUUUAUGAAAACGUUCCAACUUGUGUUUAACGAUUUAUCGAAUAAAUGUUCCCCGGUGAAAAAAGAAAA